ACUUUAAAAAAGAGUACAUUAAAGGCCCCUAAUUUGAAAUUUCACUAUAUAACUCCACAUCUUCUCAGCAAAGACUUAUCAUCGCAGUUCUUUUUGCCAAGCUAAGUGUGUUACAAUCGCAUAUCAAUUCACUCGUUAUUAUCUCUUCCUAAAUACACUGAUCAUCUCUGGCCCAAAAAUUAACAUGGCCGUCUCUUCAGGACCACAUAUCACAACAUGGCUCCGACCGACCACAUCCUUCGCCCGCCAGCUCCUCACUGGCCGGUGGUUCAUGAUCUCCUCCUCCUUCCUUAUCAUGUCCGUCUCUGGCGCCAGCUACAUGUUUGCUCUCUACUCCCGCGACAUCAAGUCCGUCCUCGGCUACGACCAGUCUACCCUCAACCUCCUCUCCUUCUUCAAAGACCUCGGCUCCAACAUCGGCAUCCUCUCCGGCCUCCUCAACGAGGUCACGCCGCCGUUUGUCGUCGUCUCCGUCGGCGCCGUUCUCAACUUCUUCGGCUACUUCAUGAUCUGGUUCGCCGUCAACCGCAAAUUCCCCCUCCCGCCCAGCGUCGCCCUCAUGGCCUUCUUUGUCUUCAUGGGCGCCAACUCUCACUGCUCCACCAACACCGGCGUCAUCGUCACCUCCGUCAAGAACUUCCCCGGCUCCCGAGGCAUCGUCAUCGGAAUGCUGAGCGGCUACUUGGGCUUGAGCGCGGCGAUUAUAACUCAAUUAUAUUACGCUUUCUAUGGGAACGAUUCCAAGUCACUUCUCUUGCUCAUGGCCUGGCUUCCCACGGCGACUUCGAUUUUGUUUCUCCCUGUAAUAAGGUACCACAAGGGUGUUCAACAGCAAAACGACACCAGAAAUUUCUACAAGUUCGUCUACCUGUCGCUUCUUCUCGCAGGAUUUCUCCUCAUCCUCAUCAUUCUGGAAAAAUGUCUGAAAUUUACCCAGAAAGAGUAUUAUCUCUCAUCUUCUCUCAUGCUCCUCCUCCUCCUCCUGCCUUUCGUGGUUGUAAUCACGGAGGAGCUCAAGCUAUGGAAAGCCAACCAACAAGAACCACAGAAAGUAACCAUAACCACAGAAAAGCCCAAGCUUGAAUAUUACAAGCCUGAAGAACACAAAGAAGCCGUGUCGACGUCUUGUUCAUGGUGGAGAAACAUAUUCAGAAAACCUGAUAGAGGGGAAGACUACACGAUCCUGCAAGCGAUCUUAAGUCUCGACAUGGCUAUCUUGUUUUCAGCUACAAUAUGUGGGCUUGGAGGUACCCUUACGGUGGUGAACAAUCUAAGCCAGAUAGGGACAGCUUUAGGGUACUCGGCUCACAGCAUAACAACAUUCGUGUCUCUGAUGGCGAUCUGGAUCUAUCUGGGGAAGAUAGCGCAAGGGGUGAUCUCAGAGUUCGUAGUUACAAAGCUCAAAGUCCCAAGACCCUUCAUGCUCACAUCAAUUCUGGUCCUUUCAUGCGUGGGCCAUCUUCUCGUGGCUUUCAACGUCCCAAACGGACUGUACGUGGCCUCAGUGAUUAUAGGGUUCUGUUUCGGUGCGAACUGGCCGAUACUGUUCUCCAUAAUUUCGGAACUUUUUGGGCUGAAAUAUUACUCGACGCUGUAUAAUGUAGGGUCUGUGGCGAGCCCCAUAGGGUCCUAUUUAAUGAGCGUGAGAGUGGCGGGUCAUCUGUAUGACAAGGAAGCGAUGAGGCAAUUGGCAGCGAAGGGAUUGAAGAGGAAGGAAGGAGAAGAACUGAACUGUAAUGGAAGUGAGUGUUACAGAUUGGCCUUUUUCAUCAUCACAGGAGUGACCUUGCUUGGGGCACUGGUGUCACUUAUUUUGGUGGCCAGGACAAGAAGCUUUUACAGAAGUGACAUUUACAAGAAGUUCAGAUCAGAGGAAAAAAAUCUUCAUAACGAGACAGAAAUUGGUGUGGUUCACAAAGAAGCUGGACCACCGAGGCAAAUAUAGCGGGUUAAUUAAAGCACCCAAUGGAGGGUGGUAUUGUAAAGUUACUCAAUAUAUAUUUACUUUUGUCUUACCUUUUCUCAUGAUUAGUGGGUGUUGCAUAGAAGUUCACGAGCAAAGGUAACGGAUUUAGAAUUUAGACAUAAUUAACUGAUUGCGUGGCUUUUAAUUGAUU